AUGGCGACCACCGCACCAGAGACGGCGCCAAGCAGCCAAACGUCGACCAAUGGCCCCUUGACAGAUACAUUCAGCGAGUAUGUUCACCGGAUCAUGAACAAAUGGAAAGUCCCAGGCAUGUCCCUUGCUGUUGUCGACGGCGAGGACACAUACGCCGCAGGGUAUGGCUACGCGACGUUGCCAGACACACCAGCCACUCCGGAUACCCUGUGGUUGGGGGGUUCGACAGCGAAGGCGCACGUCGCAGCCGCAUUGGCCAUCAUUAUCGAUGACAAGAAGUUUCCCUCAUUGAGCAAUGGCUGGGCGACAACUAUGUCUUCACUCAUCGCGAAUGACUUUAUUCUGCAAGAUGAAUGGGCGACGGACCAUAUUACUCUUGAAGACGUCAUCUGCCAUCGCACUGGCCUCCCUCGGCACGACAAGGCGUCGUCGGGCACGAUCAAUGGACAGAAAACCUCGCCCAAGGAUAUAACUCGCAACUUGCGAAACUUGCGACUGGCAUCAGAGCCCAGAGUGUCCUUUUCCUAUUGCAAUACAAUGUAUGUGGCUUUGGGAUACGCCAUCGAGACAGCAACAGGCAGAACGCUUGAUGAUCUGUGCCGAGAAAAGAUCUGGGGCCCCCUCGGCAUGACCUCGACAUACUUGGACGCAGACAACGCAGAGAAGUCCGCUCACAAAGUGGCAUCGGGGUACUACUGGGAUAAAGCCGCAGAAAAGUACUGCCAAGUGCCUCGCGUGGACGUAGGAGAGUUGGGCGCCGCGGGCGCCAUCAUCUCCACGGCCUCUGACUACGCCAAGUGGAUCAAAUGCCUCCUGCACCGGGCUGAACCGUUGUCGCCAGCAGUGCACAAGGACAUUAAGGCGCCCAGGAUGAUAGGGACGACUGAGCCGAUGGCAGGCGUCGACAUCUCGCUCUACGCUCUUGGAUGGGUGCGCACCAUGUACCAAGGCCACGUCUUAUACACUCAUGCCGGAGGCCUGGACGCGGCAGGCGCUCAAAUCUUCUGGCUUCCCGACGUGCGAUUCGGGGCCGUUGCGUUUGCGAAUACGGCAAUGACUUCUAACGCUGCUGGCGAGGAGGUCAUAUUCCGGUUGAUCGAUGAGAAGCUCGGGAUUCCUGACAGUCAGAGGUUCGACUUUGGAACAAAGUGGACGUUCAUGAUAGAGCACAUGACAGGUGAUGUCAAGGACACGAAGCGUCGGCUUUUCCCAGAUCACCCCGAACCACCGGAGCCGUCGUCGAUCAAGACAAGCGAGCUCACGGGCACUUAUCAUGACGCAGGAUACGGCGGGUUUUCUCUUCGUGAGGAAACCCACCCUGAGAACUUAGAUGAGACAAUCCUUGUCGCGGACCGGGACAAUAUGACCUGGAGGUACCAGUUUCAGCUCCACCAUGUGUCCGGAAAUGACUGGGUGGUAUAUGUAAAGACGCCGCGGAACCCGACCUUUAUGAAUGAGUUCCAUCCGGGAAAGGUUCUCACGGGUGCUCGGGGCGAGGUUGUAGGACUCGAGAUCAAAUGGACCAGCCGGAUGGGCGGGGCGAGCGAGGGAACCACCAUUUUUGAGAAGACCAAUAUGUAG